AGGAGCCUCCUGACUGGCCAGUGACACGCCCAGCCACAUGUCUUCAACCAGGUCCUCGGAGGGGUCCAAGUCUGAAAUGCAGCAAGGGAGAGGGGGCGUGGUCAGCAACUGCUGGGCGCGGCUCCCCCCGCCCGCCUUACCUGGCUUGAUGAGCGACAGCCUCACGCAAUCCGAUCGGUCAGCGUUGAUCGGGCAGCUGUACACGGCCCCUGUUCGAUUGGCCGGGACCCCGGGCUCGGCCCUCUCCCUGGGAGCUCCAACCAAUAGGCUUUAACCAGCACAGACAUUGGAACAAUCACAUAAGCGCCGAUCAACUCGUGUCUCGUCUGCGUGCGCUGUCUUCGUUUUCCGUCUAAAAGCCAACUUCCUUUUGAGGUCUUACUUCACAGUAAACGUGUCAAAAGUGAAAAGCGGCGGGCGCGCGCGGGCGCAGGUUGACAUCAGGCGUCCACUGGAAAGCCCACAGCCGUUUUCUUCCAAUUCCUCCCCAGUUUCAGGCGAUGAUGACGGACUGAAUUCAGAGUAUUGUUGCAGUUUCCUCAACAAAAUGGAAUCCAAAAGCACAAAUGGAAAGCAAGGUGGAAAUUUCCCACUUUCAAAGAACUCUACUAGAAAGAGUCAUGGGCCCACAAAGCGGCCACACCGUCCACCCGUCCGCCCCCCAUAAAAGAAAGAGUUGGAGCAGCCCUAACGCAUUCGACGCCUCCAGCAUCUCCAAAAAGCUUCAAGAUCUCCGACAGCACACCUCCGCCUUCUGAACUGUUGCCAAGCUUCCGGACCAUCAUAACCGUCCAGAUCAUGAAUGUUGCCGUGGCUCUGCUGCUCAUAGUGCUAUACUGCUCGGGCGCAAUGACGGCCGUGGUGCCAGCCUGCGAAAUUCCGGGGGACGUGGUCGAGGAAACUCACAUCCUUCUCCGAGAUCUGGGGGCGCCCUUUCCUGCGAGAUGCCUGCCGUAUAACGCCAACGUUACUUUCCCUCGUGCUGCCCUCGCAAAUGAAACUCAGUGUCGCCGGGCGUUGCGGAACCUUCGCCGGACGCUGCAGGGGUCGGAGAAAGUUUUCGAGGACAACGAGGCACCCCAGGGAGAUGGCGAAGUGGCGUGGAAUCCGCGCAAAUUGGAGGAUUUCCAGAACCUUCAGAACCGUGUGGUGCAGGAAGCAGAAUGUCUGUCGUCGGCAGGCGCGCGUUCUUAUCCGGAGUUCUCGUCUUACUUCGGCAAUGUGAGCGCGCUUGUUCAGCAGCAGGAGAGCACCGCCUGUGGUUGGUCCAUGCUGCGACGAGACGUGCUCUGGGUCCUAAAAAACAGCCUACAGAAACACCACAGCUGCUUCCGCUGGUGACAGGCCACGCCCCCCCCUACACCUACGUUUUCUGUUAUCAUGUCACCUAUUUAUAUAUUUAUAAUAUUCAUUUUGUUGUCCUAAUUAUUUUAUUAAAAUCCUCAUUUUCUUGACUUUCCCCUGUGAUUUUUUUUCCCCCAAAAUAUCUCCUUAUCUCGGCAAACGCUGAGUCAACUGCUCGCUAGACAUCCAACACCUGUCCAAAUUUGUUGCCAUCCACUAUGAUAGAAAAAAAACCCUGAUGUCUUUUCUAUUUCAGUUUUUCAUUAUUAUUGUAAUGCUACUUGCCCCUUUUUAGUGGCAUUACUGCGCGUCAGUGAGUCAGCUGUGUUACAUGAUGGCUGGAGG